UGUAUGUAAAUCUUCCAAACUUAUUAUUAUGUGAGAGAUGGAUAGAAGACGGCACAUUUUAGCUGCGAAAGGGGGAGCAAAUCAACGGGAGGGAGAAGGCGAUUGGGUUUCUUUGUGUAAUAUAGGACAUUUUAAAGCUAACUGGAGCGGUACGACGGAGACAAGAAGGCAUUUUUUUUCCGGCUGUUUUGAAGAAGAAGAUGAAGCGAAAGGAGUUCUGCGAUUGAAGAAGACGAAGUGCAGAAGCUGAAAGAAUGGAUUUUUAUUCGGCUUUUAAAGAGAGACGGAGAUAGAAACAAGAAGGAUCUGUUUUGGUGGAGAUAUCAAUCGAAGCAAGUAUGUGUGGAGAUGAUGAACUGUAUGAGGAGUUAUGGAGGGCGUGCGCAGGGCCGCUCCUGGAGAUACCUCGCGUUGGGGAUAGGGUUUACUAUUUCCCUCAAGGACACAUGGAACAGUUAGAAGCGUCGACCAAUCAGGAGUUGGAUCAGAAAAUUCCUCUUUUCAGUCUUCCCUCCAUGAUUCUUUGUCGUGUUUUAAACAUAGAGCUUAGAGCAGAGGCUGAAACUGAUGAGGUUUACGCACAAAUCACUUUAUUUCCAGAGGCGGAUCAAACCAAGCUUAAAACACCAGACCCAUGUCCCCCUGUGUCAAAGAGGCCGACAGUCAACUCAUUCUGCAAGAUCUUGACUGCCUCCGAUACCAGCACUCAUGGAGGAUUCUCAGUUCUCCGCCGCCAUGCUAAUGACUGUCUUCCUCAACUGGAUAUGUCUCAGCCAACCCCAACCCAGGAGCUGUCUGAAAAGGACCUCCAUGGUGUUGAAUGGCGAUUCAAGCACAUUUAUAGAGGUCAACCCCGCCGGCAUUUGCUCACCACUGGAUGGAGUACCUUUGUCUCCUGUAAGAGAUUGGUGGCUGGCGAUGCUUUUGUUUUCCUUAGAGGAAAAAAUGGAGAAUUGAGAGUUGGUGUUAAGCACCUCGCGCGACAAAAGAGCUCGGUUCCGUCGUCUGUGAUCUCGAGUCAUAGCAUGCAUAUUGGUGUUCUUGCUACAGCUUCUCAUGCUUUGAAAGUCCAAACUUUCUUCACUGUCUUGUAUAAGCCAAGGACAAGCCAAUUUAUUAUCAGUGCAAAUAAAUAUUUUGAAGCUGUCAAAAAAGAAUUUGCCCCUUGCAUGAGAUUCAAGAUGACAUUUGAGACUGAUGAUGUUCCUGAGAAAAAAUACACUGGAACUAUAGUUGGCAUGGGAGAUCUAUCAUCUCAGUGGGAAGGUUCCAAGUGGAAACAAUUGAAGGUUCGCUGGGACGAGCAAACAAACUUUCAUCGACCCGAUCGAGUUUCUCCAUGGGAGAUCGAGCUUUACAGUCCUUCGAUGCCUACCAUAUCAACGAAUAAGAGGCCUAGAUCCCUGAUGGAUCACUUAGAUUCUCAAACUUUUGAAGCCUCAUCCCCUUCUUGGUACUCUGGGAUGAGUUUUCAGCAUAAUGGAAUAAUUAAUGGCGGCUUAAAGCACAAUUCUCCCUCAAUGAAUACCAAGCCUUUGUCUUCUUCAGCAAGUAGUCCUCUGAAACUAUUCCAGGAAUUAAAUCAAGAGAAUAAAGCUUUUCCUCCCACAAGGCAAUCCAUCCUUGGCUACGUGGUUGAGGAGCAGGAACUGAAUCUUUCUAAAGCUAAGGAUGAGUAUAAUAAACCUGAGAUUCGGGGCACCUACCGCCUUUUUGGGAUUGAUUUAAUGAAACCCUCUGGUUUUUCAUCUCCUGCUGAGAAGAUCAGUGCGAGUGAAACCAUGGAGGAAGCUAAAGUUCUGAUUUUUCCUGCAACUGAGUCAUUAGAUCAACAUUCUGAACAAAAAACUAUGAGAAAAACUGAAGUGGUGUCUCCAAAAGAGAUUCAGAGGAAGCAAAACUGUUCCACUCGAAGCAGAAUCAAGGUUCGCAUGCAUGGUGUUGCUGUUGGUAGAGCUGUGGAUCUGAUGACUCUGGGAGGAUAUGAUGAUCUGAUUUUGGAGCUGGAGAAAAUGUUUGAGAUUGAAGGAGAGCUGUCUCAGAGGGACAAAUGGGAAGUAGUGUUCACUGAUGAUGAGGACGAUAUAAUGCUGGUUGGCGAUGAUCCAUGGCUGGAAUUUUGUGAUAUGGUGAGAAAGAUGUACAUCUAUCCAAGCGAGGAGGUCAAGAAGUUGAAGCAAUAGAAGAGAAAAUGUACUGCUUCAUUGUAGUUAAAACUGAGAAACUUAAAAGGUGGGAUUUUUCCUACUGUUAUUGCACGAAGCAGCUGUAAAUGAGGGAAAAAAAAAUAAAAUAAAAUAAAAA